AUGCAGGAGGAGAAGGUCCAUCUCACCUGCGAAGAGACGUAUCCGUCUUGUGGCCAUUGUGUCAAAAUGGGGUUGAAGUGCGAAUAUCCAAAUGCUCCAACGAUUGUACCCCAGCCACAAAACCAAGUGCCGCUGUUCAGUCUACAAGACAUGCGGUUCUUCCAGCACUUCCUGCUGCAAUGCUACCCUCACCACCCUAUAGGCAACGAAAAUAUUUGGACUCAUGAGGUGCCGUGCUUAUCUCAAAGUAACGGAUUCCUCAUGCACGCGAUCCUGGGCAUGGCGGCCUGCGAUCUUAUGAGCGCGGACCCGAGCCUCCUGGCCUUCGCCAUGGCGCACCGCGUCAAGGCGAUACAGGCCAUCAAAAAGUCCCUUGCCGAGCUGCCAAAGCAGCGGGGCACGACGUCGGAGCACGCCAACGCUCUGAUUGCGACGUGCUUCGCGCUCACGUUCCAGUCCGUGACGUUUGAGGACGGCAUGGCCGAGUACAUGACCUUUAUCCGCGGGAUCCUAAUCAUCGGCACGCAGAUGUACAUCAAGGGCAUCAAACCCAUCUUUAUAAACUUGAUGGGGCAAGAUUCUAGCGCGGUCCUGGAGCCCAAGAUGGCGGAUCUGCCGCUGAUUCGGAGCGAGUGGGCGGACGGUGCCGUCGAGGCGAUCGGGGGGUUGAGGGGCCUGUGUCGGGACGUGGUGGAGAUUGAGUAUUUUGAUCUCCUCCUGGAGAUGGCGACGAAACUGCACACUUCAGGACACGCCGAAAUAGCGUAUCAGGAUCUUUCGAAACAUUACGGUUGGUGGAUCCAGCUACCGCACGAAAAGUUCCAGCGCGUCAUCGACAUGACCUCGCAGACGAUGGUGCUUCUGGCCAGUCACUGGAUUGCGCUGAAGCAGAUCAUGGCCACCGUGACCAAUGCCGAGCACGAGUGUCGCGAGAAGGCGCCGUCGAAGGAGAAUGCUGUGGGUAUGGGCAUUGUACGCUGGCUGGGGCACCUCAACCGGCAGGUCGACCAUGAGCAUUUGGUGUAUAAUCAGUGGCCCUUGUGGGUAGAGGAGCAGCUGAACCGGGAUUUGACUUUUUUUGGCAAGAGAUUUUGA